CCCGCCCCGGGGCGGCGGCAGGGCGGCGCGGCGCAGGCCCCGGCCCGGCUCCAUAAGGCCGCGGGGCCGGCGGCCGGACCCAGCGGCCCGAGCCGGGAAGGGGCGAUGCGGCCGCGGAGCGCCAUGGCCUGGGCCCGGGCGGCGAGCAGCUGCCUCUGCCUCCUGCUGCUGGCCGCGCCCGGGCAGCCGGGCCGCGCGGGUUUCCAGCAGGUUUCUCUGUUGUCUUCCUAUGAAGUUAUAAUCCCACAGAGGUUAGGAAGAGAACGGCGAGAGGCUUCCAAUGUCUCCUCAGUACAGGACAAGGUGUCAUACGCUAUUGAGAUAGAGGGAAAAGAACACACGAUUCAUCUAGAAAAGAACAAAGAACUAUUGCCCAAAGAUUUCACAGUUUAUACCUAUAAUAAGGAGGGAAAGUUGCAAUCUGAAUAUCCAGAUGUCCAGGAUCACUGCCAUUAUCAGGGAUACGUGGAGGGGACCCUGGAUUCUGUGGUCGCUGUCAGCACUUGCUCGGGGCUCAGGGGUUUGGUGACAAUAGGGAACAUCACCUAUGGAAUUGAGCCCAUGGAUUCCUCUUCUGGCUCUAAACACAUUUUAUAUCGAUUGGAUAAUGUGAAGAAAGAGCCCACGGUGUGUGGAGUAACCACCGAAGACCAUGAAAGGGAACACACAGAGGAAAAUCACCAUCCCACUAUGACUCAGCUGCUGCGAAGAAAGAGGGCGGUCCUACAUCAAACAAGAUACGUGGAGCUGUUCAUAGUUGUAGACAAAGAAAAGUUUGAAGAUUUUGGGAAGAGCGAAACAGAAGUAAGAGAGCACAUGGUGCAACUGGCAAACUUCCUUGACAGUAUGUACAUUAUGUUGAACAUCCGCGUUGUGCUGGUUGGUCUAGAGAUUUGGAAGUAUGAAAACAUAAUCAGCACAGACGGAGGUGCCGGUGAUGUGCUGGCAAACUUUGUACAGUGGCGAGAGAAGAAUCUUGUUUUGCGCCGGAGACAUGACAGUGCCCAGUUUGUUCUGAAAAAGGGGUUUGGUGGCACAGCUGGAAUGGCCUAUGUUGGAACAGUGUGCUCCAAGAGCCACGCAGGAGGCAUUAAUGUGUUUGGAAGAAUCAGUAUACAGAUGUUUGCAUCAAUUAUGGCUCAUGAACUUGGACACAACCUGGGGAUGAACCACGAUGAUGAUCGUGUCUGUCACUGCGGAGCAAGCAGUUGCAUUAUGAGCUCUGGAGCAUCGGGCUCAAGGAACUUCAGCAGCUGCAGUGCAGAAGACUUUGAGAAGCUAACUCUCAACAAAGGUGGAAGCUGCCUGCUCAACGUUCCCAAGCCUGAUGAAACCUACAGCGUCCCGUACUGUGGGAACAGGCUGGUGGAUGCUGGGGAGGAGUGUGACUGUGGUUCCCCAAAGGAAUGUGAGAGUGAUCCUUGCUGUGAACCAGGUGCUUGCAGACUCCGAUCCGGUGCUGAAUGUGCUUAUGGUGACUGCUGUAAAAACUGCCGGCUCCUUCCUGGAGGAACUGAGUGUCGGGCGAGUAGCAACGAGUGUGACCUUCCAGAGUACUGCAAUGGCACGUCCCAGUUCUGCCAGCCAGACUUCACGGUUCAGAACGGUCACCCGUGCCACAACGAGGAAGCCUACUGUUACAACGGCGUCUGCCAGUACUACGACGCGCAGUGUCAGGAUAUCUUUGGCUCGAAAGCCAAAGCAGCCCCCAACAUUUGUUUUGCUGAAGUGAAUUCCAAGGGUGACCGAUUUGGCAACUGUGGUUUCCAUGGCCAUGACUACAAGAAAUGUUCCAGCUGGAACGCCAUGUGUGGGAAGCUGCAAUGUGAAAAUGUGAAAACUAUGCCUGUUUUUGGAAUUAAGCCUGCUAUUAUCCAAACUCCCAUUGGAGGCACCACGUGCUGGGGUGUAGAUUUCCAGCUAGGCUCUGAUAUCCCAGAUCCAGGAAUGGUGAAUGAAGGCACCAAAUGUGAUACUGGAAAGAUCUGCCGGCACUUCCAGUGCGUGAGUGCCUCCGUCCUGAACUACGACUGCGACGUGGAGAGGCAGUGUCACGGCCACGGGGUGUGCAACAACAACAGGAACUGUCACUGUGAAGCAGGCUGGGCCCCUCCUUACUGCGACGUGACGGGCUACGGCGGGAGCCUGGACAGCGGCCCGCCUUACAACGACAGAAUGCUUUGUUUGGCAGUAAAUACCAAUGGAGUCCCUGACCCAAACAACUUACAGUAUGGAAGAGAAGUACGCAGUAAAGAAGCAGGGAGAUACAGAAACAAAGACACCUCACUGAGAAAUGGGCUACUGGUAUUUUUUUUCCUGGUCCUCGCCCUCCUUAUAGCGACUGCUCUGGCAUUUGCAAAAAGAGACAAGCUGAAGCGAUGCUGUAGAAGAUUAAUGUCACACUGCCAUUCGUCAGUUCCGUCACCACCUCCUAGAACAGAAACCGAACCGAGAGACUACCACCAGAGAGGCUUUUCACACGGCAUGCCUUAUGCUGCAAGAGGGGUUCCCAUGGAUAUGGAACCAAAUACCUUUCCUGUGCCGUCUUACCCAGUUAACCAGCAUCCUCAGCAGGCUUAUCACCAGUUUUACUACCCGUCUCCGCAGUACCAGGCACAGCAGCCACAGAAGCUGCCGACAAGGCCCCCGCCUCCCCAGCAGAAGUGUGCACCUCAGGGACCUCCUCCUCCACAGCAGAAACGUUUACCUCAGGGACACUAUUUUCCUUCUCGACCGGCACCUUUGCCUCCCAAAUAGCUUUUGGCUUCUUGGGGCCUUGGCGUGAGCUGACCAGUUCACUGAGGCAGAGCUGAAAUUGCAGUUACCCUCCUUGCAUUGAGCGGCCCGCGGCGGUCCCGGGAAGCCUGCCUCCUGCAGCCUGGGAUAAGGCGAAUGAUACUGAAACGCGGAAUGUAAAACUUCAAACUAAAUACCUCUACCAAAGCUACAGGAACCGAAAACAUCUGACCCGUUUGUAGAUCUGAGUAUUGUGGCUUUGUAAACUGCAGCAGGGCUGGCCAGCUGGAAGUGGAGCAGCCUGCAGUGAAAUAAUCUCGGAAGUACAGCACUUGGGAGUUGCUUUUGGUUUCCCGAUUUCUGCGAUCAGCCCUGAUCAUGAAAUUGUCUGAUUUGUUGUCAUCUUUCUAAAUGUACAGCGAAGAAUUGACGUACCCCCUAUCGUUCUCAAAACAAGGAAAUCUGGCCAAUUUAAAAUUAUUUUGCAUGGACUGGAAAAUGUUACCCAUUUACACAUUAAUGGCACAAAUGAAACAAGGUAUCAGCGUACCUUUUCAGAGGAAGAUAAAUCUAUUGUAAACAUGUUUAUGCAUGUAUAUAUGUUUAUUGACGUGUAAUAAUGCACUUAAAUACUUUCAUGCUGACUGACACUGAGCUGUGCUACACGAGCACUAGAGUUAAUGGUUUUAAGUUAGUACUCGUGACUUGUUAAAUGAGAAUCCUGUACUAAUUUCCACUAAUACCAUGAACGGGCAAUGAAAAUGAAGGUACGAAAAGACAUGCCCAUAUUUUGGUUUUAAAAACCUCGAGCUUUUAAUUUGGGUCUAAAACUGAGUAGCAGUCCCUGCAGAACACCAAGAAGCAAAAACUGUUGAUCUGCCUAGACCCCCCCCGGGCCGCCCUGGGCCCAGGACCCUGCUGCCUGGUGCGGCCCUUCCACCCGCAUCGCUGCCAGCCGAUGCUGCCGGGGACCUUGCGUUAGCUUGGGCUGGCCUCCGUUUCUACACCCCUGACUGAACUCGGGUUUAAAACCCUUUCUGAAAAGGAGCGUUCAGCAUUUGGCGUGCUGGCCGAGGAGGGAUCUGUUAGUCGUGAGAUCCUUGUGCCGUGGGUAGAAACUGGGCGGUGGUGGUCGCGAAUAGAAAUCUGUUGCACAAGCUUGCUAGAAGUGAAAUAAGUACUGAAAAGAGUGCUUGGCUUUUUCAGUUUGUGGUAGCCACUGAGUACAAACUCAAUCUGUAAAAUCCCCCGUAACAAUGCAAAAAAAAAAUAUAUUUUCCUCUGUACAUACAUAUAUAAAUAUAUAUAUAUAUAUAUAUAUAUAUAUAUAUAGUGUUUGCAUUUGCAGUAAUAAAAUACUUGAACUCCUGUGGCUUCCCAUAAACUUAGACUAAGAUUUAUAACACUAUUAAAAUAUGUAAAACGUCACCUAGCAUAUCACCAGAUGUUUUUGUGGGGGUCUUCUGUUUGUUCCAAGAUAAUCACUUCCUAAUUUUUGUUGUGUUCUACUCCUUUGGGCUGUCUGUCUGUCUGUCUGUGCCGAUUUGCUCCGCAGCUGAACGCGCAGAUGUCGGCGGGAGCGUCUCGGCGGGGGGGGUCCGGGGGGGGUCCGGGGGGUGAGGUCACCCAGGAGAAAGACUCGGUUGUGUUUGAAGCUGUAUGCGUGAACUAAAACUGUGCUGAAAACGGUGCCUUUUACUAGAUAAAGAGUUUUUAUACUUGCA